AUGGAGUAUAUAACACCAAUCGCGAAAGCAUACGCGCGUAAAUUACCAUCACAGUUGUACAGUACCUGGGACAAGGAGCUCUUACCGCGAUUAUACGCCGUGAUGGAGGAUGGAUACACGGUGCUCACGUCGAAACCGUCUGUGGAGAGUGUACUGCCGCUGGUGAUUUCAUUGCUGCUGAUAUAUGCCACGGUGAUAAGCCUCUACAACACAGCCAGAUUCGUUAUACGCACACUCCUCUUUCUACUCAAAUGGACGGUAAUAGUGAGCGUAGUGGUGGGGGUAAUACAACUGAGCAGCAGCUAUACGGGGAAGGAUAUCUCUGCCGUGGCUGGAGGAAGCACUUGGUCGCUGCUGGGAUAUUUGAGUGGCAGCGCUGCAACCAACCAAAAUAAGAAAUCCAGGCACACAUGGGAGCGCAACGGGCGCAGAAGCGGCAACAAGCCCAGGAAGAGCAAUAGCAAGAGCAAAGAGGAUGUCAAUGAGCUUAUAAAUAAUAUAAUCAAUUAUGUACUGGGAUAG